AUGGCAAGAAUCGGUACUUUCAGAAAGACGUUUGAUGUAUUACUUCUGAUAAUAGGCAUAUCAGCAGUUCUUUAUAUAGCAUACUACGUAAUAUACGAUUUAAAUAUAUACAAAGGGAAGAAUAAAGAGCUAAGAAAGCUGUUUAAUACGCUGAGUGCAAAUAAAGCGAAGAGUUUUAACACAUUUAUGAAAGAGCAAAAUGUAGAUAAGGGAGAGAUAAUAGCCUGCUUAUCUGAAAAUGUUAAGAUUGAGAGAAGACUAACUGCAAAGAUAAUCAACUCAAUUUUGGAUAAAAAAGUAAACAGAUGGUUCUUCUUAGAGCGAAGAAUAAAUAAGAUGCUCAAAACACCAGAUAGAGAGAAGCUGCUGCGCUUACUAGAAAGAAAAGAGGGCCUGGCGUUUACAAAUCUGUUAGAUAACUUGGUUCAUACUAUAGUGCUUGACCUUGACGCAAUAGAAGCUAAUUUAACAAGCUAA